AUGUCUCUUCGACUUCCCAGUGGAUCCAGGAGGGCCAGUCCCCGUCCCACCACGGGCUCACUCAGGCUCUCCGGUGCAGGAGCCAGCUUCGGAGCUGGAAAUGCUUGCAGCAUGCCUGGAAUUGGAAGCAGUUUCUCAUGUGCCUUUGGGAGCAGCUCAUCAGGAGGAAACGCCUUGGGGGGCAAUCCCUGUGCUGGCUUUACUAUGAAUGAGGGGGGCCUCCUUUCUGGCAAUGAGAAGGUGACCAUGCAGAAUCUCAAUGACCGCCUCGCAUCCUACCUGGAGAAUGUCCGUGCCCUGGAGGAGGCCAACGCUGACCUGGAGCAGAAGAUCAAGGGCUGGUACGAGAAAUUUGGGCCCGGUUCUUGCCGUGGUCUUGAUCAUGACUAUAGUAGAUAUUUCCCGAUAAUCGAGGAUCUUAAAAACCAGAUCAUUGCUUCCACCACCAGCAAUGCCAAUGCUGUUCUGCAGAUCGAUAAUGCCAGGCUGACUGCUGAUGAUUUCAGACUCAAGUAUGAAAAUGAGCUGGCUCUUCAUCAGAGCGUAGAGAGCGAUGUCAAUGGGCUCCGCAGAGUUCUGGAUGAAAUCACCCUCUGCAGAACAGACCUGGAGAUUCAGUAUGAAACCCUGAGUGAAGAGCUGACUUACCUCAAAAAGAACCAUAAAGAGGAAAUGCAGGUUCUGCAGUGCGCGGCCGGAGGCAACGUGAACGUGGAGAUGAACGCAGCGCCCGGCGUGGACCUCACGGUUCUGCUGAACAACAUGCGAGCCGAGUACGAAGCCCUGGCCGAGCAGAACCGCAGGGACGCUGAGGCUUGGUUCAACGAAAAGAGCGCUUCGCUGCAACAGCAGAUCACUGAGGAUGUGGGAGCCACCACCUCAGCCAGGAAUGAGCUGACAGAGAUGAAGCGCAACCUCCAAACACUGGAAAUUGAACUUCAGUCUCUCCUAGCCACGAAACACUCCCUGGAGUGCUCCUUGACAGAGACGGAGGGCAACUACUGUGCACAGCUGGCCCAGAUCCAGGCUCAGAUCGGGGCCCUGGAGGAGCAGCUGCACCAGGUCAGGACCGAGACCGAGGGCCAGAAACUGGAGUAUGAACAGCUCCUGGACAUCAAGGUCCACCUGGAAAAAGAAAUCGAGACCUACUGUCUCCUCAUUGGUGGAGAUGAUGGGGCUUGCAAGUCUGGAGGUUACAAGUCUAAAGACUAUGCAGCUGGAAAUAUGGGAAACCAAAUGAAAGAUCCAAUCAAAGCCAUUGUGGUUAAGAAAGUCCUUGAGGAGGUAGACCAGCGCAGCAAAAUACUUACCACCAGGCUCCACUCCCUGGAAGAGAAAUCUCAAAGCAAUUAA